AUGGGCAGACUGCAGCAGGAGCUGGAUGUAGCAUGUGCUGCGGUCCAGCACUGUGCAGGCUUGACCAAGGACAUCCAGAAGAAUACCGUCGGACAGCAUGGUCAAAUCGCAAAGUCCGACUUCUCACCCGUGACUGUAGGCGACUUCGCCAGCCAAGCCUUGCUCACAGCCGCCAUACAUGGAGUAUUCAAGGACGACAAGUUCCUUGGAGAAGAGUCUGCGGAUCAACUACGCCAAAGCCCCCAACUCUUGGAGCAAAUAUGGCAAUUGUGCGAGAAGGCUAAGCCGGCCUUCUCUGCCAGCGAUCUUGCUACUCCCGUUUCAAAAGAAGAACUACUUGACUUGAUUGACUUGGGCGGUAAGAAUGAGAGCAGUAGCAAUGGACGAACGUGGGUCUUCGAUCCUAUCGAUGGCACAGCUACCUUCCUCAAAGGACAGCAGUAUGCCAUCAAUUGUGCAUUUCUCAUCGAUGGCAAAGAAGAAAUCGGCAUUAUCGGCUGCCCGAAUGUUAUUGCCAGCUCCGACACCAUCACGGAAACCGAGAUCGACAAAGAUGGUCUUGGUGUCAUGAUUUAUGCAAUCAGAGGCGAAGGAGCAUGGGUACGACCGAUGCGAAGCGAUGGGCAGCUGGCGCCGGCUACCAAGCUUGAACGCCACGGAGACACUGCAAAGUCUGACAGCCUGAUCUGGUCUGACUGCAGUACAUACACAUCUACCAUUUCGCUUCUACAUCAAAAGCUUGCCGAUGAGAUCAAUACAUCAUGGCCUGGUACUGACCUGUUUUCGUCUCUGAUGAAGUAUGCUGCGCUAGGGCUUGGUCGAAGCCAUGUUGUGAUCAGGAUCUUUCGAUACGGUAGCUGGAGAAGCAAUAUGUGGGACCACGCUGGAGGUGUCUUGAUCUUUGAAGAGGUGGGCGGGAAGGUCACAGAUCUGGAAGGAAAGCCAAUCGAUUUCACUACCGGUAGAAAGAUGGCAAAGAAUCAUGGUCUGGUCUGUGCUCCCUCGAGUGUGCAUGCUGAUCUGCUGAAGCUGGUACAACGGAUAAUCAAGGACUACGAGCAAUCCAAUGGUCCUAUUCCGUGGGCAAAAUGAUAGAGCUCCAUGCUACCGCCCACCAUUCACGAUACGACAGUCUCCGAGAGCUAAGACGAAAGCUUCGCCGAUUUCACAAAUGAUAGAUCGUACGCAAUCUGACCGAUGAUAAAUUGUACGCAACCUGGAUCGUUGGCCGACACCAUGAAUAUGUGGCGGACGAUAUUGUCCUACAAACCAUUACUGUCUACAAGGCAAGGAAGAAGCUGUAUACCCACGAUUCAGCAGCAAUUCUAUGUUGAUGAGACUCCCGUGCGAGGCGUUCAGAUACACUUCAUUGACUUGGACAAGCGUCAAGUCACUAAAAUAAUCUGGGAAUUUAAUAACGCUGCUGCUUGUUAUGCCAUUUGCAAAGCCGGCAGUCCAGCUUGUCCUCUGCAAUUCAACUUUACCACCGGCAACGAUGGGCCCGCUCACGAGACUGCGAACCGUCAGGGACUCAAACGCAUCGAGUGAAGCCUACCCUGAUACAAUUAAAAGAGAAAGAAGAGCGGAACCAGAUGCACCAUGCACUGCUCUCGAAGGUAGUCUUGUACAAUAUAGCCGGUUAAUUCCUGGCCUUUCUAAUUC